AUGCCUUUGAAAUCUGGAAAAGAGCCCUAUAGUGUGCUUGGUGUCUACCCCGUCGCGGUCCGGUCCAGAUUCCGGAUAUUUUUAGCGCUCGCAUUCACCUCGGCACUAGGCUUAUACCUUUAUUCUUAUUCCCAUCGACCCAUUCCUCAUGAGUUGGCGCGCCAACCUGUUGGGGGCGUUAAGCAGUCCCUAAACUGGACUGAUGAUCUGAGUCAAGCAGACAGUCCGGUUUUGCCACAGACCGGUGCACCGAUAGCGGCAGAUGCCGUUGGGGCAGGCCUACCCGACUUGAUCAACACAUACACCCCUGAAGAACUGAUGAAUCUGCCUGUACUGCAUCACACUUUCGAAGAUCCAUUCGACCCGCGAAACGGGUUUAGACCACUCCGGGAUUCCCACUCCCCAUGGCUAGCAACUUCCCACAAUGGCGUUCUCCUGACCAACAAACUCAGCAGGAAUCGGUUCCCUCCCGCUAACUCGAUUGAUUCAUCCCGCGGAAGCUCGCCACCACCGAUACCGAUUUGGCCGUCGCAUAAACUCUUACGAGAGAAGGAAGAAUCACUCAAAGCUCCCAUUCCUAAACACUUGAUUGCCGGGUUGAAUACUAGCUAUGUCUGGGAGGGCAGAGAAAGGAUUAAAGAAGGGAAUGUACCAAAAAUACAGUGGCCAGGAUUCGAUAAACCGCAUUGGGAGACGGAUUCGGAUCGGAUUAACCGCUUGGAGCGUCAGGGAUGGGUCAGACGUGGAUUUCAACACGUCUGGGAGGGUUACAAAGCCAGGGCAUGGGGACAUGAUGAAUUAAGACCAGUAUCAGGAUGGUUUGAAGAUCCAUUCGGCGGCUGGGGUGCCACACUUGUUGAUUGUCUUGAUACCCUUCUUAUAAUGAACUUGACACUAGAAUACAACUAUGCAAGAACUCAUGUCAAGGCUAUUGAUUGGGGGCAAAUAGUUGGAGAGGUCAGGGGUUUAGGUUACUCUCUGUCAAACAAUCCCAAGGUAUCUCUCUUUGAGACUGUGAUCCGCUAUUUGGGUGGUCUUCUCUCUGCUUAUGACUUAUCAGGAGACAAGUUAAUGCUUGAAAGGGCAGAAGAACUGGCGGAGUGGCUUUUACCUGCAUUUGGGACAUCUUCUGGAGUGCCACAAACCCAAUAUGAAAUAGGCUCGAAUCCACUUGGGGGAAAUGUUGGAAGGGUUGUUACUUCAGACAUUGGAUCAUUGACAUUGGAAUUCACAAGAUUAAGCCAGCUGACAUCAAAAGGGUUUUACUUUGAUGUGGCACAUAAGAUAAUUGAUAUAUUGGAUAGUGAACAAUGGCUCUCUCCCAGCCGGCUGGGUACAUUGUUUCCCACAGUCAUUGAUCCUGACUCUGCAAGUAUGGUGGACGCAAAUUACACAUUUGGCGCAAUGGUUGAUAGUUACUAUGAAUAUUUAAUAAAGCAGCAUCAGUUAUUACGCGGAACACACUCGCAGUAUAGCAGGAUGUACACUUCUGCAUUGAAUUCUGCUCGCACGUACCUUAUAAAAACCUACGAAAUUGAGUCAGCUGGAGGCAAAAAUCUUACUGUCAUUGGUGAUUCUCAGUCGGGAAAUUUCAGGCCUUCCCUAGACCAUCUUACCUGCUUUGCUGGUGCAACAAUUGGGCUAGGAGCUCAGCUUUUGCACAAAAAGGAAGACCUCAAUCUGGCCAUGAGACACACAGAUGCCUGCGUCUGGGCGUAUGAAUCAACCAAAACUGGAGUUGGCCCAGAUGAGAUCUUCCUUGUUGACAACAAUGAUCCCGCGCGAUGGCAACCAGUCCUCUACAAAGGCAAAAAUUUUCGCGAGUUGAAACCAGAACCAGUGCAGGGUGCCACACUCCGCAAUCCUUCCUAUCUUGGCCGGCCAGAGACAAUUGAGCAAGACAAAUUUUCCUCCAAACUACUCAAGUUCUAUAGCUUCCAGAUGAAUUUCAAUGCUAAAACUCUUAAAUUUUUUUACAGGUCGGUAUACUACAUGUGGCGGAUUACUGGGGACCAACAAUGGCAAGACAGGGGAUGGAGGAUGUUUACCAGCUGGAUGGAAGCCUGCGUGACUGAGUUUGGUUUUGCAAACUUGGAAGAUGUCAAUGCUUGGCCACCCAUGAGGUUUGAUAGACAACAAAGUUUUGUUUUAGCUGAGACAUUCAAAUACUACUAUCUUCUAUUUUCUGAUCCGGACUUGGUGUCAUUGGAUGAUUACGUAUUCAACACUGAGGCACACCCCUUACGAAUUGACAUCCCUGAAAAGCCUUUGAAGACAUAUUGGAACAAAUCAGAUGAAUCCCUUGACAACAUAUUUGAUCCACCAGGGCUAGAAAAGGGCAAGCACGGAUAUGGGACAUUUCUUCAACAAUGGGCUCAGGUUGAUUUAGCUAAGCUCAGUCAAGAAGAGCAUCAGGUGUACAACAGAGUUAUGGGUAUAGAAAGAACCUAA